CCAGAGCUGGUUCACUUCCUAUAGGGACUGAAAACAAGUGAGGAGAUGAAGAAUUGCACUGUACGCACCAGAGAAUACGUAGAAGAUGGACACUGCAGACAGAUCCUGACCAUCACCCAAGGAACAACUGCACAACUGUAGGAAGACAUCCAGUCUGUUCACUGCUCAACACAAAGAGAGUUCGGCAGUGAAAUCAGUCGGGUCAGGGGAGCUUUGACAUAUCACCAGAUCUGAAACUGGUCAGUGGUGUGGAGCCUUCCAUCAGAACCCAGCUUUCUGAAGGUUCAGCUGUGGGUGAGACCGAGAAGAAGUGUGAGUGGCUCCCAAGUGUGGUGAGAGCUUCGGUCAUUCAUCGAGGCUCAUGAACCACUGACUCAUCCUUACAGGGGUGAGGCUGUUCGAGUGUGAGGUGUGUGAGAAGAGCUCCAGAGAUUCUGAUCACAUUUUGCAUCUGUUGUUAAUGUAAGGACAACUUCAUGGAAGAGAAACUGUUCAAGUGUGAGGUCUGCAACCGAGCUUUUGCAAAGUCAUCAAGACUCAUGAAUCACCAACGCAUUCAUACGGGGGAGAAGCCAUUCAAAUGUGAGGUAUGCAACCGAGCUUUCGCACAGUCAUCAACGCUCGUAAAUCACCGACGUACUCACACUGGGGAGAAGCCAUAUGUGUGCGAGGUGUGUGACAAAGCAUUCUCACAGCCAUCAAACCUCCGUGUACAUCAACGUAUUCACACAGGGGUGAAACCAUUUACAUGCGAGGUAUGUCACAAAUCAUUUUCAAUGUCAGCAAACCUCCGUUUACACCAACGCAUUCACACAGGGGAGAAACCAUUCACAUGCAACAUUUGUAUGAAAUCAUUCUUGAAUCCAGUACACCUCUGCAUACACCAACGCAUUCAUACAGGGGAGAGACCAUUUGCAUGUGAGGUGUGUGACAAAUCUUUCUCUCAAUCAUCAAGCCUCCGUGUUCACCAACGCAUUCACACAGGGGAGAAGCCAUUUGCAUGUGGUGUUUGUGACAAGUCAUUCUCACAGUUAUCAAGUCUUCAUGUACACCAACGCGUUCACACAGGGGAGAAGCCGUUCACAUGUGAGAUAUGUGACAAAUCAUUCUCACAGACAUCGAGUCUCCGUGUUCAUCAACGCAUUCACACAGGGGAGAAGCCAUUCAGGUGUGAGGUGUGCAAUAAAUCGUUUUCAAGCUCAUCGAACCUCCUGCUCCACCAGAAGAUUCACACAGGAGAGAAACCCUUCACGUGCAAAGUUUGUGACAAGUCAUUCUCAGGAUCAUCAAAACUUCUGCUGCAUCAAAGGAUUCACAUCGGGGAGAAACCAUUCAGGUGUGAGGUCUGUGCCAAAUCAUUCUCACAGUCAUCGAUCCUCCGCAUCCACCAUCGCAUUCACACUGGGGAGAAACCGUUCAAGUGUAAUGUGUGUAACAAAUCGUUCUGUCAGUCAUCAGCUCUCCGGACACACCAACGCAUACAUACAGGUGAGAAACCAUUCAUGUGCAAUGUGUGCAAUAAAUCAUUCUCCAGGUCGUCGAGCCUCCUGCUCCACCAGAGGACCCACACAGGAGUAAUCUUUCCGGUGUGAAGUUUACUGUAAAGAUUUUGCAACACCUAUGUUCAAGCACCUGGAAAAACCACAAGAUUUACACGAGGAAGAAACGCUUCAGGUGUGAUCUUUGUAGCAAGGCUUUCACUCGGCCAUCCAAGUCCAUCAAAGCAUGAACAGAGGGAAGAAAUGCCGUUAGUGUGAGCUCUGUAAUAAAACCUUUACACAGUUGUUGGACUUCCUGAAACAUCAUCAAACCUAUAUGGGCCUAGCCAACUUCUUAUUAAAAUGUCACUAGUGUAAAAAUCUGCAAAAGCUCAAUGCACAGAAUGUUCAGUAGGACAGAACAAGAAGCAGCUUUCACUCCCAUCAAACACCUAGUGAUGACAUCACCAGUGCUGAGGGAUUAUGAUGUCAACAAUGGAGCCACCCUGCAGUGUGAUGUCAGUGACACAGGACUUGGAGCAAUCCCCAUGCAGUGAGGGAAACCCGUUGUGUUUGUAUCCAGAGCGUUAACACAAACUGAACACUACUGUACACAGAUUGAGAAAGAGACCCUGGAUGUUGUCUUUGAUUAUGUGGACUUCACCCAGUACCCUUUAGGGAGAGAAAGUGACAGUAGAAUCUGACCACAAACCAUUUCAAAGCAUCUUUCUCAAACCAUUUCAGUCUGUGCAAAGCUUUUCAAAAAGGAUAUUACUUGAUUUGUAGAGAUAUCACUUGGGAGUGAAGUACAAGAAACAGAAACAUUGCUGACAAGCUGUUGACAGCUGCAUUCCCUUUGAAGGAAAUUGAUUCUCUUUGACGGAAGUACACAGUUUGAAAUCUUCCAGAUUCAGCAAGCACCAACAACACAAGGAUAACAUAAAUCCGUCAAGGACACUCCUGUGACAGUUAGACAGUAUUGGACAAAGAAAGUUGAGGUGAUCGUCCAAGAUGGCAUCUGUGCAUAGGGAACAGGGUCAUUAUCCCUGAAGAGAUGGGGAAAGAGAUGCUGAAGCAUAAACCACACAAACCAUUAGAGUUGAGUCUCAUCUGAAUAAGGUAAGAGAGGUGAUCUACUGCCCAAACAUGAGCAAUGAGAUAAAAAAACCACAUCAGCUAAUGUAGUGUUUAUAACGAACAUCAAACUAAACAAGAUAAAGGGUUACUCAUGACAUCCCAGACAGCCCAUGGAUAAAGCUUGGAAUAGACCUCUUCACUUUCACUUGAACUGAUUAUCUUAUCACAAUCGAAUAAUAUUCAGACGGCAAGGAGUUAGAGCAGCUGAUUUUACGGAUUCCUAGUGAGAUUGUAGAAUGUCUGAAAGCACACUUCAGUCAUCUUGAAAUCCCUGAUAAUGACAUCAAUUCCUGAAUGAACAAUUCAGAUAUUUCAUGGAUGGGAAAUUCAGCACCAUCCAUCGUCUCCACAUUAUCCCUAGUCAAAUGGAAAGGGUGAGGAAUUGGUGAAAAUUGACAAAGGCAUCAUCAAAAUCUAGCACAUCUAGCACAGAUGUGUACAAUGUGAUCUUAGAGCAGAGAAUCACAGCUACUGAAGGCAUGGAAGUUUUCCGGGCCGGUGACUGUUGUAGCACCACUCCAAACUAUAUUUCCUAAAGCUAAAGUAAUACUGAAGCCAGAAAUAGUGCUAUAAGUGAACUGGGAAGAAUAGAAUAGAAUAGCCUUUAUUGUCACAUAUACUCAACGAGAAUAGUGAAAAGUUUAUAUUGUCGCCAAUUACAGCACCGACUCAGAUACAAAAGUACCUAGGCACAGCUUCUUUUGUUACAAGAUUUGUUACAGAAAUAAAAUGUCCAGUUCAAUAAAGCAGAUCACACUGGCACUUAGCUUCCAGUCCACGGCUCUACACCAUGCCAGCGACACGCCGGGAGGCCAUUGCGCCAGGUCGAGAAGUCGUCAUGUCGACGCCAGGAGCCCCAAUGGGAGGAGGCCGCUGCGUCAAGCCGGGAGGUCACCACAGCACACCGGAGGCUGCUGCAAGAGGCUGGGAGGUUGCCACGCCAUGUUGGGAGGCAACUGUGCCAGGCCAGGAGUCGUUGCCGGAGGCCAGGAAUUGUUGCUAGAGGCUGGGGAUUGUCGCUGACUAGUGGCUGGGGAUCGUCACUUGCCAGAGAUCGGGGAUUGUCGCCAAACGCCAGGGAUUGUUGCUCCUUACUGGAGGCCGGAGUCAUUGUCAAAGGCCCGAAGUUGAAGGCGAGAAAGAAGAAGGAGAAGAAGAAGAGAAAAAAGGAGGAUGAAAAAGAGAAAAAAGAAACGAAGAAGAGCGGGCGGAGAAAUGAGCUCCGGCUGGAGAGUCCUAAUCCAUCGCCAUCUUACACUGAUAAUUGUUCUUCACUGUGAAACAAGUGAUCCCUAAACACACAAAAUCCCAACAAGAUCACCAAGAUGAUCAAUUUCCCUGAUUGACUGCUUUUCAGGACACAACAAUCACGAGUUUCAUCAUGAACAUGAAAUUCUUGUGACACACUCAACUUUAACAAAAGGCAGGAUAAAGAAAAGUAUUCUUAAUCUAUGGCUAUGCAUCUUAGCGAUAGUUCUUCAACAUCCCAAGUACGUACAUAUACACACACACACACACACAGACAAAAGACAAACAUGUGGCACAUAAGUAUGGAUAAAUAUAGACUGGAUAAGCGCUAUUCUUAAAAUCAAAAGUCGAAAUUUCAAAGGUGUAUUAAAUUGUCUUUAUUAAAUUUUUAGCACUGAUGACA